GUGGGUUCUGAGUGUUACCAUUUUCCAAUAUAGCUGCUUGGUUACAGUGGGUUCUGAGUCUUUCAUCUUCGUAGUUUUGUGUUCGGUCUACUUUCUCGAGAACAACGUCUUGGUCAUGUCUCGAGCUUUAUUUAAUUUUCUAACAUUGUUUUGUAGAUUUCCGACGACAACUAUCCAACAAUAAAAAAAAGUAUGUAAUCGGAAAAGAUGAACCACUUGACACUUCCAUUGGGAAAACCGCCCCCUGACCCACUCUACUGCCAUGCCUUUUGAGCCUACACCCACUCAUGUAAAGUCAUUUUCGGACAUCUCAAAAGUUGAAGUAUUUUCUACUGUACUAAAAUUCAAGAGGUGGCAAGAACGUAUAUUCUCCACGCUAGACAAUAUGCCGGAUCAGAAGACAAAAGUCGGUGCCAAAAUGUUGCCACAAUGGACCUACACGAACAAGGUUUGUCGCCGUACUAUUCUUAGUACUUUAUCUAAUGAGUUGUUUGAUGUCUAUUGCACAAACAUAGUGGCGAAGAAAAUAUGGGGUUCCAUGAUAGCCAAAUACACAACUGAGGACAGUGUCAAACAGAGCUUUGUGAUAGGAAACUAUUACAAAUGGGAGAUGAAGGAUGAUAGAGAUAUUACAACACAAAUCCAUGAGUACCUGACGCUACUGGAACAUCUUAAGGGCGUCCAAAUAGAUCUACCAGAGUCAUUCAUUAUCGGGAUCCUAAUUGAGAAGUUGGCAGAAUCUUGGAGGGACUACGGGAAAGACCUUAAACACAAUGUUGGGUCAAUGUCGUUCAAUAAUGUCAUCACCAAUAUCAUUAUUGACACAAUUCAAAUAGGAAGGCCAGGAGAGUGCCAAGAGUCAACCAAACAAGUUUACUUCAAAUGCCAAUUUGGUGGAGACAAAGAAUAAAAUUAAAAGAGAUCGAUCGAUUGCUUCUCUCCGCCCCACCUCUUCUUCUUAGUUGUCAACAGAUCGAUUGCUUCUCUCCAUCGCACCUCUUCUUAGUUCUCAAAGAUCGAUUGGUUUCUUUUGCCUGCAUUUCAAAUCGAUUUCAUCAACAACUAGCUUCAUCCCUAGCCGCCGAGUUGCCGACGACUCCACCGCAAGCACGCCGCAGUUUGACCAGGUGUGAAUCUAAUCUCCAACAAUAAAUCUGCCACUUUAAUGGCAGAUUUAUUCCGCCUGAGUUAACAGUGGUGACGGUACUCAGAGAAUGGUGGCGGCGGACGACUCCGGUCAGAUGGUGAUUGCGGCAACGCUGGUGAGAGGUGGUGGCGGCGACGCUGGUGAUGGAUGGUGACGAACGCCGGCAAGGAUGCGGCGGCGGCGGCGGCGGCGAUGGCGGCGGCGGCGGCGAUUUGUGGUGGCAGGUUGCGCCGGCGUGGGGUGGCAGGCAACAGUUUGGCUCUGGCAACGACAGUGCUACUGCUAGGAUUUCACAAAUCUUUUAUUUUACACUUUUGAAAUUUUUAAAGUUAAAAGAGGGGUAGUUUUGUCCAAAGAGUGGUCAGGUGAUGGAGAUAAUGCAAGAGAGGUUAAUGUGACAAUUAGAGGUCAUGGCUAUGGCUAAGGAGAGAUUGAUGAAGAACUGAAAGAAACUCGUCAUGAAAAAUUUAUGGCCAGAGAAAUGGAAAAGAACGACCUACUAGAGAAGGUGCUCGCGGGCUACCGAGACCUCUUUAUGAAACUGGAGCAGAAGUUAACGACUCUGGAUCACACCAACGAUUCUCUAAGGGCGGGUCUACACCAAACCCCUCAUACAAGAAGUUAAACACUAUGGACCACACCAACGCUUCUCUAAGAGUGGUUAUGCACCAAACCUAUCAUGCCCUGGACCUACCGGACACAUCAACAACCCGCCAUACAGUACGAAUAGUCAACUGCAGUCCAACUCAUCCAUACUAUACUAGGCAUCUUGAAUACCAUUCGCACAUAGUACAUCCAUAAACAAACAUAAUGUAAAAUAUUCAUUUAAAGCAGCAAAAGUAAUAUAACAAGUGUUCAAGCCACACUUGGCAAACAUGGGCAUACAAGCCCCCAAAUAAUUAUUCAGAAAAUAAUACCCAUGAGCAUUAAUAUAA